UGCUCGAUUGAGCGGGCCUGGGAGAGGUUCCCAGAGGGCUGUGCGCCGGAGGCUCUGGGCACUGUCAUGGCGGGCUUGCUGAAGAAGACGACCGGCCUGGUGGGCUUGGCUGUGUGCGACACUCCACACGAGAGGCUAACAAUAUUGUACACAAAGAUUCUUGAUCUUCUGAAGCACUUUCCUCAACAUGCAGCCUAUAGAAAAUACACAGAACAGAUCACCAAUGAGAAGCUGGAUAUGGUUAAAGCGGAACCAGAUGUUAAAAAAUUAGAAGACUUGCUUCAGGGCGGUGAAGUGGAAGAGGUGAUUCUUCAGGCUGAAAAAGAGCUUAGUCUGGCAAGAAAAAUGUUGCAGUGGAAGCCAUGGGAGCCAUUGGUGGAAGAGCCGCCUGCUGACCAGUGGAAGUGGCCAAUAUGAUCACAGUGUCUGAUGAUGGGUGUGAAUUAAAUGUUCUGUGAUGCUAAAAUGUGUCUAUGUUAUUGAAUUUUUAAUUAAAAGAAAUAGCCUGUCUGUAUUAUA